AUGGCCAUGGUGGUGGCGACUGACGGUGGUCAGUACGGCACGACCCUGCACUCCUCCUUCAGCUCCCGCUCCCAGAGCAAUGGCUUGGACACCAAAGCCUCGCUGUAUCAGCCGCUGGCCAAGAAGGAUUUUGGCACGCUGAAGGGCAGCAGCUGGUCCUCGCGCUCGGCGGUGGACCUCACUCCGCACAAGCGGAUGGCGACUAUCAGCAACGGGGGCCUGGCGAAGGGCCAGGGCUACAGCACUGGCUAUGCCAUGUCGCAGGCCACCAACACCUCGCCGCGGCCCAGCUCCUUCCAUGAGCGCAACUACCGGUCCCGGCAGAACUUCGACACCCUCUCGCUGCGCUCCCUGCGGCUGGCCGACGGGCCGCUCCAGCCCACCGCCAUCGCGGAUGACCGCUAUAGCGUCAUCUCAGAGCAGCUGGACCCCGUGGGUCACCGUCCACUCUACAAAAGCCAAGGCAACGGUGGCUUCACCCGCUCCUACACCUUCGAGAGGCAGAUGAGCGCCGGCUCCGCCAAAGCCGCCUCCGACUGGCUGGACGGCAGCGAGGUGACCCAGAGCCGCACCAUCCGGGCGCCCGCCAUGCGCACGCUACAGCGCUUCCAGAGCAACAACCGGUCACGGCUUAGCACCGGCUCCUUCGGCAGCAUCCAGGCGGCCUCGCAGGCGGGCAUGGGGAGCUCGUACAUGGGGAUGGUGGAGCACAGCUCCCGCGCGCCCUCCGUGCGCAGCCUGGCCGAGUCCAGCCACCGCCUCCAGGACCAGCGCGCCAUGGAGAUGUACAACGGGCACAGCACGCUGCUCAGCCACGCGUCGGGGGGGUUUGAUGACAUCGACCUGCCCUCCGCAGUGAAAUACCUGAUAGCCAGCGACCCCAACCUGCAGGUCCUGGGUGCUGCCUACCUCCAGCACAAAUGCUACAGCGACAGCAAUGCCAAGAAGCAGGCCCGCAGCCUCCAGGCCAUGCCCAAGCUGGUGAAGCUGUUCAACAGCCCCAACCAGGAGGUGCAGCGCCAUGCCACGGGCGCCAUGCGCAACCUCAUCUACGACAAUGCCGAGAACAAGCUGGCGCUGGUGGAGGAGAACGGGAUCUACGAGCUCAUGCGGACACUGCGGGAGCCCGACGAUGAGCUCCGCAAGAACGUCACAGGGAUCCUGUGGAAUCUCUCCUCCAGUGACAACCUGAAAGAUCGCCUGGCCCGGGACACACUGGAGCAGCUCACGGACCUGGUACUGGUCCCCCUCUCCGGGCUGGGGGGCUCGGGUGUCAUCCAGCAGAACCCCUCGGAGGCAGAGAUCUUCUACAACUCCACGGGCUUCCUCAGGAAUCUCAGCUCUGCCAGCCAGCAGACUCGGCAGAAGAUGCGUGAGUGCCACGGGCUGGUGGACUCCAUGAUCCACUAUGUGAACAGCUCCCUGGAAGUGGGCAAGUCAGAGGACAAGAGCGUGGAGAACGCCGUCUGCGUCCUGCGCAACCUCUCCUACCGCCUGUACGACGAAAUGCCCCCGUCCUCCCUCCAGCGCCUGGAAGGCCACAGGAGGAACAACAGCAGCAUGGUGACGGGGGAGCUGGUGGGCUGCUUCAGCCCCCAGAGCAAGAAAGCACGCGAGCACUACCUGAAUGCGGACAUUGUCACCUUCACGGAGGUCUCCAAGGACCCCAAGGGCAUGGAGUGGCUCUGGAACCCGCAGAUCGUGGGCAUCUACAACCGGCUGCUGCAGCGCUGCGAGCUCAACAAGCACACGACAGAGGCGGCCUCGGGUGCCCUGCAGAACAUCACUGCUGGGGACCGCAGGUGGGCAGGCGUGCUGAGCCGGCUGGCCCUGGAGCAGGAGCGCAUCCUGAACCCCGUGCUGGACCGCGUCCGCACCGCCGACCACCACCAGCUGCGCUCCCUGACAGGGCUCAUCCGCAACCUGUCCCGCCACGCCCGCAACAAGGACGAGAUGUCGACCAAGGUGGUCAGCCACUUGAUCGAGAAGCUGCCGGGGAGCAUGGGGGACAAGGCGCUGCCCGCCGACGUCAUCGUGAACAUCAUCGCGGUCCUCAACAACCUGGUGGUGGAGAGCCCCAUGGCCGCCCGUGACAUUGUUUACUUUGAUGGCCUCAGGAAGCUCUUCUACAUCAAGAAGAGAAGGGACAGCUCGGACAACGAGAAGUCCUCCAGAGCGGCGGCCAGCCUCCUGGGCAACAUGUGGCAAUACACCAAGCUCCACCGGGACUUCAAGAUGAAGGGGUACCGGAAGGAGGACUUCCUCGGCCUGUGA